AUGGCCGACGCAGGCCACGUCCAAGCCAGUUUAAUAUGGUUGGCGUAUGCGGUGGCCAUCUUGCUAUGCCUCGGGGCUGCGAUUAUCACGACAUUCACGUGGCAAACGCCCAUCGAUCGCUCGGCGAUGGUCAGCAUAGUGGCCAUCGUCAGUCUCACAUCUCUUCUCGCGACCGUCUUGCUUCUUCCUGUCGACAUCGCCCUAGUUUCAUCCACAGGGUCUUCAAGCCUAGGCGCCAAGAAAGAUUGGGCCACGCCAAAACGAGUUGCGGAUAUUCUCUUGACUCUCAAGAUUGUGUAUUACUCGCUUUAUAGCUUUGAUGCUCUUCUCUGCCUCUUGGCAAUUCCGUUUGCAUACUUCUGGUAUGAGGAAUACGAUGAGGUUGCUUUCGAAGAGGAGGGCCGCACGUGGAAGGGCCGCUUUUGGGCUGCCACCAAGUAUACCCUAUUCUUCGUUACCCUCACCAUCGUCCUCUUCCUUCUAGGCUUUUUCGUCCCUGCAGCCGGUGGCAAUAAGGGUCAUUGGGAUCUCGAUUACUACAAGGGCCUACUGUCUCAAAAUCAUGGCGAGAAGGCGCUCACUUUUGCUCUUGGUCUUUUGGUAACGCUGGGAACCUUCCUCUAUGUUAUUUACACCAGCGCAGGACUUGCUCUCAUGCCAGUCUCUUUCAUCAAAUCAGCGCCCCCAAUUUCAGCGCCGCAGCUUUCAGCUACCACAGCUUCACAGCUCGAGCAAAAUCGAGAGCGCCAGCGCCAACUUGAGCUGCAUAAUGCAGGCCGCGAAGAUGGCAUGCCACGUAAGGAUAGAAGGGAACUGGAUGCUCUCGUCAGAGAGGAACAGACUCUGGUUCGGCGCGAACGCCUUGCUGCCGAGGCACUAGGUGAAGGAAAGAGUCGAGUAUAUCAGAUUUGGCUCAAACUGUGCGCGCUUGUCAGACCCAUCAAGAUGCUCGGUGGAAUUCUACUCUUGAUUCUCGCAAUUGUGAUCUGGGUAUCCAUGUUUAUCACAGGCAUCGACAAGGCCAAGAACUCGAUCUGCAAGCAGCGUUGUGGUUACAUCCUUGGCGAAGUUCACAUUUUCCAGCCAAUGAAUUGGAUCUUUGUGAAGGCUGCCAAAGCAUUCCCUGUCGAUUACAUCUUGAUGGCUUCACUGGUCCUCAUUCUCUUCAGCAGUUCUAUCUCCGGUAUUGCUGCCGUCGGUAUACGGUUCCUCUGGAUCCGAAUCUUCCAGAUCCGCAGAGGCAGGACAGCCCCGCAGGCCCUUCUCAUUGCGACGGUCAUGCUCUCGCUUAUCACCUUGGCCAUCAAUUAUGCCAUUGCUAUGUUUGUGGCUCCGCAGUAUUCGUUUUACGGAACCCAGACGUUUUGCACAAACGAGCCCGCGUAUCCUGGAGCCCAGCCUAACUGCAAAAACCACCCAGAGUUAAUUCGCCCUUGUUCCGACGCUCUCAAUUACAAGCAUGCCAAAGAUGUGUGCACACCAUCUAUGAUGUCUACCUUUUUAAAUCGUAUUACCAUCACUUGGCCACUUUUCGGUAUCAUUGAUUUCUGGGCACAGUAUGUGUUCAUGGGCAUUUUCCUCAUCGUCUUCAUCACGGCGCUGGUGCGCACUCCCAGAGUAAAUAUGGCUGAGAUUGAUGAGUUUGCCGAGGCGGAUGAAGAAGAAAGCCUUCUUGCUUCGACCAGCCGCCGGUUCGGUGCGACUUGGCAGGACGUCAGGGGACAGCCCGGGCAAUCCGAUAGGAAUUCAAGGAAUGGGCCCGUACUGAUUCGAGGUUCACGACCACAAGGCAAUUAG